AUGAAAUUCAUCACAUUUACUUUCCUUGCUCUUAUUGCUUUUUGUGCAGUCUAAGCUCAAAACUAGGAUUAAGUUAAUCUUCUUAAUUGUUUGGAUAGAAAAUAAUCAGAUUUAUAAGAAACAUGCAAAUAGGAUAAUUAAGAUUGUCUAAAUGAAGCAUAAAGAGUGAAAACCUGCGCUUAAGAAUGUUCAAACUUUCAAGUAUAUUCUGCCCAAUAGAUCAAAAAUUGUUUACCAAAAUGCAGUUCUACAAACGCAGCAAUUUAAAACAAUCUUUAAGUAGUUAUAAAUUGCCUGAGCUCAACAUUCUUAUAAUUUGCUUUUGUACUUACUAUUUCUUUAAUGUCUAUGAUAUUUUGA